GGGGCUCGUCGAGCAUUCGUUUUCAGUGUGUAAAGUGAACUAAGUGAAAUACUCGUAAAGAAAAAUGUCUGGUCGUGGAAAAGGUGGCAAAGUGAAGGGAAAGGCAAAGUCCCGCUCUAACCGUGCCGGUCUUCAGUUCCCAGUGGGCCGUAUUCACCGUUUGCUCCGCAAGGGCAACUAUGGGCGAGUUGGGGCCGGCGCUCCAGUUUACCUGGCUGCUGUGAUGGAAUAUCUGGCCGCUGAGGUUCUCGAAUUGGCUGGCAAUGCUGCUCGUGACAACAAGAAGACUAGGAUUAUUCCUCGUCAUCUGCAGCUGGCCAUCCGCAACGACGAGGAGUUGAACAAACUACUCUCCGGCGUCACCAUUGCCCAGGGUGGAGUGUUACCCAACAUCCAGGCUGUUCUGUUGCCCAAGAAGACCGAGAAGAAGGCUUAAACGUUUUAAAUGCGGAGCCUACUACAUACUUGUACAUAAAAAAUAAAACCCAACCGUCCUUUUCAGGACGACCAAGUUUUUACCAAAGAA